UUAAUCUCACCCACACAAACCGAAGUAGAGAAGCGUGGAUGAGCGUUUCAUGUGGUCUCCAGCAUGCCUGUGUUCUACACGCCGAUCCCUCAGAACCUGAGAGUGGGUCUGGCUAACGUCAGCGGCUCAGUGUUUAUAAAUAACAGGACACGAGACAGCGGAGACUUCAGGGACCCUUAUCAGGAUCAUGAAGUGUGUGCUGAGGUGGCGUCUCAUCUCCCGCUGCAGAUGCUGCUCUACUUCAACAUCUUCUACUUCCCCUUCUGGUGGAUCUCAGAGGUGCUAAUGCUGCACUUAAAGUUCAGUUAUCUUCCAGCGUAUUACCAGUGUCUGCUGGUGACAGGGAUGGUCCUGAUCAGCAUAUUCGAGGUGUUGCGGGUGUAUCUCGGUUAUGUUGGGAAUCUCAAAGAGAAGGUUCCAGAGUUGGCUGGAUUUUGGCUGAUCUCCUUCCUCUUCCAGCUGCCUAUCAUCCUCUUCUUCAUCACUGAUGAAGACACCAUCAUUCUUCCUUUGGAGCGGGCCAUUCACUCUCUCUAUCUGGCGUUCCUGCUGGGCGAGCUGCUGGCCUCGUUUCUCGCCCUGCGCGUCAUGACUCGCAAACUCGCCCAGCAGUUUCACAUGAGGCAGUUCGGCCCCGUCCAGGGUCUCCAUACAGCAGAAACCCUGCCUAUGUUUGGACUGCCGUACGGGGGCAGGAGUGUGCUGCCUGUGAGGGACAUUCAGCCUCACUGAGAGAUGAUGUAUUAUGAAUGUUUAUGAAACCUGGUGGUUAAAGAUCUGGCCAUGUAAUCAAACAGUUGGUAUGGUCCUCCACAAUGUGACCUUCAGAAAUAAGUGCACUUGUGUUGUAAUAAGAGUAUGUUAUGUGGUAAAUAUACAAAACCAUGACAAGUAGGAGUAGUAAAAAGCAGGGUGCGGGGCUAGUUGUCACACAGAAGGUUGCCACAAACACUUUGGCUCAGUAACUGUAUGAGGUUUGGAGUUCAAACAGUCCAAAACAAUUCAAGUGCAAUUACACAAAUGCAUGAUUUUUUCUAGUUCAGGAAUGUCAUAAAUUGAACUUAACGAAGGCAGAUUUUAACUUGAAGACUGGACUGUAUUCCUAAUUUUUUUCUAAAAUAGCCAGUUUAAUGAAAGGAUCCCGCUGUGAAAGCUUAUUCCAUAUAGUAGGGCAACAUGCCCCAUUAUUGGCAAAAAUAGUGAACAUGUUCAAUAAUUAUUUUUGCAGUUAUAACCUAAAGUACUUUUUUAUACAGAUACUGACUUUCAAAAU